UCGGAAGAACUCGUUCGGAAGAAAACAAAGAUGGCCGGCAUCUGAUGACAAAACAGAUCAGUACAGUUUCACCUCCAUGCAGUGGAAUGGACAUUCUUCUUUAGAGUAGAUUAUUGACUCAAGUUAUUCCCGAGAGAGAGUCUCAUUUCAACAAAUCGGCUGCUCGUUUUGGAGUUCAUCAGAGACAGACAGACUAAGGGGAAUCCGACCUUCACAAACACAAUGUCGACGUACGGGUACUCAGGUUCCAACUAUGACCGUUUUGUUGAAAACACCAACACAUCGACCCUGCACAAAAUGAAGGAGACGUACUGGACCACCAAACAGGCCGUCAUCAAAAAGCUCGGCAAGAAGGAGGAUGAGCACGUUGUUGCUUCAGAUGCUCAAUUGGACGCGAAACUUGAGGUGUUCAAGGCCAUCCAGAAGUCCAGCAUGGAUCUGCUGCGGGUGAUAGAGAAGUACCAGGACAGACUUUGUGUGGUGUCCCAGGAAGAAAACACGAUGGGUCGUCUCCUCAAAGCUCACAGUAACAAAGACAAGACGCGGGCUGGCAAAAUGAUGGCGGCUGUCGGCAAGUCGGAAAGUAAUUCAGCACAAGAGAGGCUGGCCCUCCACAACCCGCUGCGCCGCCUGUACCAAGAGGUGGAGACGUUUCGGUACCGUGCCGUCUCCGACACGCUGGUCACCAUCAACCGCAUGGAGAGUGCGCGCACCGAGUACCGCGGCGCGCUGCUGUGGAUGAAGAACGUCUCGGAGGAGCUCGACCCAGAUAUGUACAAGCAGCUGGAGAAGUUUCGCAAAGUUCAAAGCCAGGUGCGAAAGACCAAGAGCAGAUUUGAUAAACUGAAACUGGAUGUGAUGCAGAAGGUGGACCUCCUGGCUGCCAGCCGCUGCAACAUGUUCUCCCACGUCCUGGCCAACUACCAGACCAUGUUGCUGCACUACUGGGAGAAGACCUCGCGCACCAUGUCUGCCGUGGCCGAGAGCUUCAAGGGAUACCAGUACUACGAGUUCAACAUGCUCAGAGAAUUGACAGAAACCAGCAAGAAGCUUGCCCAGGAAACAUCGAGUCCCGAGCGGGCGGAGAAAGAUACGGACGACUACGACGACAGUCUCAUCUCUGUGGAAGAGGACGAGGGAGCAAGAGACGCCAGAGAGUCGAAGGCGUUUGACGAGUCGCUUCUGUCUGGUCUGCGCCUUGAUGGUACGCAGAAACAGAACGGCACCAAGCCCGCUGGUGACUCCGACUUUGGCCCCUUCACCGACUUCACGUCUGACGACACGCUCAUGAAGGACGACGACGAUGACUUUGACUUCACCGGCAAGAUCCUGGAGGCCGCGGCCAAGAACAAGGAAGUCCAGAAGCCAGCCGGUGAGUAGAUGAGUAGAUGGAUCCUUGUGUGGCUUCACGUGCGGUGUUUGAAGUGCAACAGUGUGUCACUAGGAUAACCCAACUCUCUCUCUCUCUCUCUGUCUCUUUCUCUCUCUCUCUGUCUCUUUCUCUCUCUCUCUCUCUCUCU